AUGGAUGAAGUGGAAAAGCUGAUAGAGGAAUACAUUUCACCUGAACAGGCAAUGUUCCGUUAUGGAAAAGAAAAAAAAAAAGAACUAAUUUAUGAAAAAAAUAAAGAUAAAGAAGAAAAAAAAAUAAGAAACGAGAUACUAAAAAAGCUACUUGAUUUUAUAGAAAAUGACGAGAAAACAGAAAAACGUGAAGAAAAUGACUGCACAUCCAGUGCAAUAACUACAAGUGUAGAGUGUAAAAAUGACAUGACCUGUUCAGAAAAAAAAGGACAAAUUGAUCAAAAAAAAAAAAAUAAAAAGCUAAUUGACAUUAUUAUGUAUUUAAAGAAAUACAACUUUUGUAAUGAAAAUAUAAAAAGAGGGACAUCAGUAAAUUUAAUUUCUCAAUUAUUUGAAGAAAUAGAUUUUAUAGAAUUAGAAAUAGAAUAUUUUAGAGCUAUAGUUCAUUUUUUUAUUAAAAAAAUUGAAGAUUGGCAUUGCAUAAAUGGAGUUUUGAAUUUUUUUUUAAUUAUUUUUGAUCGAUAUAAAAAUCAAAUUGAAGAAAUGCGAUACUGUGAUGAGGUUACAGAAGAAUAUAAGGAAUUGUUUAUUUCAAAAAAUAAAAAAGGGAAAAAUAAUAUGAAUAUUAAUGAUAAAAAUAAAAUAAUAGGUAGUGAAAAUGGUGAAAUAAAUGAAAAUACUAUAUCAAAUUAUUAUAGCAAUUAUAAUAGUGAAAAUGAAAGUGAUGGAUCUUGGAGAAGCAGUUGUGAGGGUCAGCAUGAAAGAUAUAAUAGACGAGACAAUGAUUUUGAAGAAUCCGAAAAUGAAGAAGAAUCUGAAGAUGAAAAAAUUAAAGAAAAGAAUACUUGUAUUGUUUAUAAAAUUAUGAAAACAAUAUUUAAACAUGUAUUUGCACCAAGUUAUUUACAAAUAGUAAGAUUAAAAUAUUAUAAGAUAAUUUUAAUAUCAUUAGAACAUUUUAAAAAUGAAAUACAAAAUAUUCCAAAUUUUAUUAAUAAAAUACAAGUACAAUUAGAAGGUGAAUCUGAUCCUAGAAAUAUUUUAGUUUUAUUUGACAUCAUAUAUAUAUUAUGUAAUAAAUAUAUAUUACCUCUUAGUGCUGACUCACCAAUGAUAAACAUUUAUGAUGGUGUUGAGAAUGGUGAUAAUGCAGAAAAUGAAAAAGUUGAAAAAGAACAUGCUAGUGGCAUAUUUUCAUGGGAAAAAGAAAAUGAAUAUUUAAAAUCAUUGAUAGAUAUAGCAUUUUAUUAUUUCCCUAUCGAAUUUAUCAACAAUGAUGGACGAUAUGAUUGUGUAAGUGAAAAAGAUUUACAAGAUUCUUUUAUAAAAUGUUUAAAAUCAAAUAAAAGAUUAGGAAGUUAUAUUAUUGUAAACAUAUUAGAUCAUUUUUAUAAUUCAGAAAAUGAAGAAAUUAGUGAAAAAAAUUUAAAAAAUAUAUUAACAACUUUAAAGAUAUGUGUGCCAUUUUAUGGAUCCGAUUGUUGUUCUCAAUAUAUAACUACUGUUUUAGGAUUGAUAGAAUUAGAAUGUAUUGAAAAUAAUAGUGAUGAAAAUAUGAUAAACUAUUUAAUUGACAUUCUGUUAAUAUUUAUAAAUUUAUUAAAUAAAGAAAAUAAUAAUAAAAAAAAAUAUAAUUUAUUUAAUAAAUAUUUUAUAAGUACUUUUAAGAAAUAUCAAACAUAUAUAAUAUUACAUAGAUGUAUGUAUGAAGGAAUAGAUUAUGAUAUAUCCAAUUUUGUAAACUUAGAAAAAAACGACAUAUUUUCAAACACAGAUAGUAAGGAAUAUAUAAGUAGUUUUUUCUUUAAAAAUAAAGAUGAAGAGAAAGAUGCUGAAAAUAUGUACAAACUUGAUAAUGAGGUAGAAACAAAAGUAGAUAAAAAAUUUGACAUAUUUUCAAAUGACAUUCAUGAUAGUGGCUUGCUAUAUGAUUGGAAUAUUUCGGAAGAUGAUCUAAAUAUUGAAAAUGGUGAAGUGUAUGGAAAAUAUGAAUAUGAUAAAAUGGAUGGAAGUGAAAAUAGUGAUAAAAAUCUUUUAUCUAUAUUAAAAGAAAAAAAUGAGAUUGAUAAAAUAAAUGAACAAAAAGAGAAAGAAAGAAAAAAAAAUAAAAUAAAAAUAGAUAAGUUUUAUGUAAUUGAAAAAAUAUUAACUCCUAUUGCAAGUAGUAAUACAUACAUUUUUUUGUUCAUCCUAAAAUUGAUAAUUAUUCCAAUUAUUAAAGAGUGUUAUUGUAUGAUUAAAGCUUUGAGCCUUCAAAAUGAUGAUAAAGAAAAGGAUGAAGAAAAAGACAGAGAAAAAAAGAAAGAAAAAAUAUGGAACUUGUUCGUGAUAUACAUAAAAUUUGUAGACAACUUGAUAGAAAAAAGUGUAAAAAUAGAUGAAGUUGUAUCGUUAAAAAUUAGUUUCAUAUACGAAAUCUAUACAAUAAUAAACAUGCUUAACGAUGGAAAAAAUGAUAUAUUUUAUAAUUAUCAUAAUUGUGGGUUGCAAAUUUUUAAUAUUUUUACAAACUUUUUAUGUAUGCACAAUAUUGGAAAUGAGAGAAGUGAGAAAAGUGAGAAAAAGAAACAGAUCAACUAUUUUUCAAACGAAAUAAAAACAAUAAAUGAUUAUAAGCAAGCUGAAAAUUGGGAAUAUUUAUUGUUUUAUAAAUCAUUGUUAUCUUUUUUCUAUAUCAUUGAAUUUCAUCCCUUUAAAGUUCGAGAUCAAAUUGUGAUGUCUUAUAAGAAGGGAAGAACUAAAAAGGAUAAAGAAGAAAGUGAAAAACAGGAAGAAAUAAAUAUGAACAGUUUUGAAUUUAUUGAUAUAUGGAGAAAAGGAAUAAUUAAAGAACAUAUAAAUUAUGUUAAUGAUAUUAAAGAAAAUAAUGAAAAUAUUUUGAAUAAUAAUAAUAAAAAUUAUAAAAAAAAUGAUUUAUUUUAUUUUAUAAUUUUAAUAAAUAAAAUAAUUAAAUAUAAAUAUAAACAUAUACAAAAUUAUAUUCAAUUUAUUUUGUUUAAUUUGUCUUUUUUUAUUAUAAAAUUGUAUUAUUCUGAAAAUAAAAAUUAUCAAAUUUAUAAAAAUUGGCUAGCUAUUUUAUAUGAAGUUAACAUAAAUUAUAUGAUAUUUCUUACAACCAAUAUAUCGUCAUUUAUUUUGAAACAUUUUUAUAAUUAUGUAAAUAGAAUGAAAAAUGUUUUCCUAGAAAUUGAUCAAUCAAAUUCUAUACAUGAUAUUUCACAAGAUUUGAUAAGUACCGAUUUAAAGGAAAACGACAAUUUAUUAAACUCCUCAAACCAUAACUCAAAUAAUGAAGAAGUUUACUGCUUUUAUAUGGCUAGCUCAAAUAUUGAAACAAAAAAAAAUAAUGUAGACCCAUCAAAAUACUCAUCAUCGAUUGAAGACUUUAGAAAUUUUAUAAAAGAAUGUGAUAAAAAUAAUACAUUUUUCAAAGAAAAGAUGCUUAACUAUGGUUCUAAAUCUAUUCCCAACUUAUUUCAUAAAGUAGAAAACGGAAUGGAGGGAAAUAUAUCCGAUCCAAAAGUGAAUGAAACAAAGAUGGAAACUGAAAAUAGCUUAAUAAAGAUAGUAAUAAAUGAAAAAAUAAACAAAGAAGAUAUUAUUCCUUUUUAUUUUUUCUUUCUUCUUCAUGUUUCUUAUUUUUAUGCACAUUGUCUUUAUGAGCAAAGUAGUGAUUUAUAUGAAAAUGAUUCUAAGAUUGAAACAAUAGAAAAUUUUAAGGAUGAAAAAAAUGAUGUUAGUAAUAAAAUAAGAAAUAUAUAUAAAGAUAAAGAAGAGUUAUAUAGCUCGUAUAUGUAUGUAAACAUUUUUGAGAUUGUUGAAUUAUGUAUAAAAUAUAUAUAUGAAGAAAAAAUAGUAAGAGAUAUAUUUAUAGAUGCUUUAAAUAAAAAAAAAAAAUUAUAUUGUGAAACUAAUAAGUAUGGAUGUAUCAACCUUAUUAAUGGCAAUGAAGAUUUAUGCUAUUAUUCAAGUUAUAUAAAUGUUUUAAAAAAUUAUAUAAAAUUAAAUGAAAUUAAGAAUGUAAAAAUUAUUAAUAUUGUUAUAAGUAUGCUAGAAGAUGAUAAAAACGAUGACUUAAAGGAUUGUAUUUUGAAAUUUUUAAAUAAAUUCUUUUUUUUUACAAAUAUAUUAAAUAUAGAAAUGGAUUCAUUUUUAUAUCUACUAAAUGAAAUUGUGUCAAUGUAUAAUCUAAAUUAUAGACACUACAAAGAUGAAAAGGUUGAAGAUAUUAAAAAAAAUAAAAUAUUAUCAACCUAUUUAUAUAAUAAGGCAAAAAAUUGGAUUAAUCACAUUUUCAUUUUCCUUAAUAAUGAUAAAAAAACAAAAUUUUUAAAAAAUAUUAUUAUUAAUUCUGUAAACCCAAAUCAAGCACCUAAAAAGAAAUAUGAUAUAGUAUCCAUACAAGAUAAUUAUAUUUUUAAUGACGAGUUUAAAAAUUGUAAAGACUUAUUAUUGAGUAGUAAUCCAGCUCUUUUACUAUUUAUUCCUUAUGUUGUAUCAUCCCAUAUAUAUAUAAAGGAAGGAUACACUAACUUACUUUUAAAAUUGUGUGUAUAUAUAUUUUUGUUUAAUAUAUAUAAAGAAAGUUUGGGAGGUACGAAUGAGGAAAUGUCGGAUGAGGGUGUUGCCAACAUUAUAACGGAGUGUAAAAUUGAAAAGAGUUCUACAUAUUUAAAAGGGGAUAUUCAAAAUAUAUUUAAUGAAGAAGAUAUUAAAAAAAGUUUAAACAAAAUUAAUUUGCAAUUAUUUAAAAAUUUAUAUAAAUCCAGUUUAACAAUUAUAUCAGUUAUACUUGCACAUAGCUGUAUAAAUAAAGAGGAUGCUUUAAAUUUUGUUUAUCAAUAUUUUGAUAAAAUACAAUAUUUAAAUUUAUCUAUAAAAAGUUCGUUACUCUAUAAAAAUAUCAUUGAUCAAUAUACAGAGAUUUAUAAAUCAUUUAUACAUAUUAAAAAAGGUGAAAAUUCUGAUGAGCAAAAUAAUAAUUUUUAUAUUUUUUUGUCUAAACUGUUCGAAGUUACCAUUGACCAAGAUUAUCAAAACAAUGAUUUUUUAUUUUUUUUGUUUGAUCAAAUUUAUUUUAUUAAUAAUAAUACAGAAAUUGGCACACCAUUUAAUCAGCAUAUUGAAAAGUGUGAUGGUGAAAUUCGUAUAGUAGGGAAGUCCUACCUCAAAGGGAAGAGUAAAAAAAAGGAUAAGCAACUUGUGAUAAUAAAUAAUGACAAUGUAAAUGAUAAUAAUGGGAUACGAUAUAAUUGGGAAUGCUUAGAAAAAAUAGAAAGCGAUACAAACAAAUCAGAUUCACCUAAAACUUGUAUUAUUAGGUUAACAAAUUUGAAAAAUAUAAUUUCAAAAAAAAAAAAACUUUUUAAAAAUGACAAACAGGAAUCCUUUUAUUUGAAUUGCCAUUUUUUCUUUUCUAUUUAUCAAAUAUUUCAAACCUUUUAUGAUCUAACUUUUUAUAUUAAAAAUAGUGAAAAAAAUGAUAUGGAAGAAAAUCUUGAAAAUUUAUAUAAAAACAUGAACAGCAAGGAUGAAAAAUGUACAUAUAUAAUUUUUUAUUUUCAUUAUAUGUCUUAUAUAUAUGAAAAAAUAUAUCAUACUAUACACCAGAUUGAUACAAAUACUUUUUUUGAAGAACAUAAUUAUAAUAAAAUAUAUUUUAUAAAAAGUAUAGAAUUUUUUAAUUCCUAUAAAACAAUAUUAAUUAAUUUUAUGUACACAUUAUAUAAUUAUUUAUAUUUUAUUCAGCUAACUAAUAAAUAUAUUACUAUCACAGAAUUUUUGUUUAUGCUUAAUGAUUGGGAUGUGUCUAUAAAAAAUGUAUUGCCAUAUUAUUUUACAAAAGAAAAUGAAAAAAUUGCAAAUUUUGUUAAUAAUUAUUGCAUAAAUGGUCAAAUAUGCCAAAGUAGGGAAGAAGUGGGGACUAGUUCCUCUUUAGGGGCUCAUGAAGAUAAAGAUUGUACAAAUUUAAAUGAAAAUUGUAAAAAUAUUUUACAAAUUUUGAGAUAUAAUAAAAAAGAAAAUCGUAAUAAAUAUAAUUGUAAAUAUAUUAGUCUUAUACAUAUAAUGUCUAUUUUUUUAUUAAACAUGAGUAUUGAAGAAGUGCUAACAAAUCAUUACAACAUUAUGAAAUUAUCAAUUUUAAAGGGAAUAAAUAAAGUUGCAAACUUUUUUAUUAACAAGUCAGGUUAUUUAUACAAUAAUAAAAGAUAUAUAAAUAAUGUGUUAAGGAAAAAUAUUAACAUUGUUAAGGAUAUAUUUUCGGAUACAAAUAAAAAUGAAGAAAAACGUAUUAUAGUAAAAAAAAUUAUAUCAUUAAAUAUAUUAUGCUGUUUACGUUUACUAUAUCUUAUAUUUAAACUUUUAAAUUAUUUUUUAAAAUAUGAAAAUAAUAAUGGAAGUAUAAAUCUUGAAUCUAGUGAAGAUAAAAAGAAAAAUUCAUUAAAUAAAUAUUUACAAUUUUUGUUAUCAUAUAAAAAUAUAAUAAUUAAGUCAGUGAUGAAAAUAAUGAUUUCUGUUCCUUUUGGAUUAAUUAGAUAUCUUUGUGUUUGUAUUUUUUAUCUUCUUUCUUUUUAUAAUUAUCAGUCUUUCCUAUCUUAUUCCAUAAUCCAGGAUAUAAAUUGGAACUUAUCCGUAGCCUCAAACGACCCACAUAAAAACGUUAGAAAAAUCGUAAUGUUAUGCAGAUCAAGAUGGAUGUAA